CCAUGGCUGUUGGAGCUGGCUCCAGCCACCGAAAUUUGUGUUAAUCCUCUAGCAUGUAGACAUCCUUCAUCUUCAUUUUGGAAUACAAAGAGAAAAUCUUGCAGUCCUACUCGGAAGUUCAUACAGGGAACUUUGCCCCGAGAUGAUUCUGAUUUUAAAUCAAGCCUCCAUGAUUUUGUGAUUGCACCAACUUUGAAUCAACGAAAUAAGAUUCCCCACAUAGUAGAAGAAAUUCAUUGCGCCUGUUCAAGGGAAGUAGUUAGAUCUACUAACCUCAAUGCAUUUGAAUCAGAAAUUCAUCAAAUUUUGCAGGGAGCCGAAAAAUUGCAGUCAUAUGUGGGUAAUUAUGAAAAUAAAAAUUCUGCAAGCUUUGAUCGACAUGAUGGACCUGAAAAGGGUGAAGAACCAUCUGAAGCACUCCAAUGUCUGUACGGAUGUGAUAUUAUCGGUAUGUCUGAUACUGCUGGUGUCAUGUCCAGCUAUCAUGGGACGAUGACUGAUUUGAAGGAGUCCAACACUGAUCUUCCACAUGUGGCAGAGGAUAGUAUUUUCUGCAAAGCUGAUAAUAUUCCCAGCCUUGAAAAAAAACGAGCUUCUACCACCUCCCACUUGGUAGAAGAAUUUCUCAUUGUCCCCUCAAUGGAUGAUAUUAGAUUCGGCAAUGUCAUGCCAUUUGAGUCUCAAAUUGAUCACACUUCUCAUGGUGCUGAAAAGUUAUUUUCAAAUGUGGAUUCAUUUGAAAACAAAGCUUUUGAAAGUCUUGUCCAGUAUUGUGUUUCUGAAGAGGGCGAGCCAUAUAAUGUAAAACAACAUUUUCACAGAGGUGAUAUUACUGGCACAUCAGAUACUGCUGGUGUAAAGUUUAGUGACGGGAAUGUACCUGAUUUCAAGGGAUCCAGUAUCAGUCUUUCGUGCACAUUAGAGGCUAAUAUCUCCAAAGAUGCUGACCAACCCAACCUUCCAAAAGAACGAGCCUCUGCUACUCCACAUGUAGUGGAAGAAAUUAUUAAUGUCUGUUCCAGGGAUGAAGUUAGAACCUCUAAAUUUAUGCCAUGUGAAUCAGAAAUUCAUCGCAGUUCUCAUAGCGUUGAGAAAUUAUUUUCUCACAUGGAUGCAUCUGAAAGCAUUGCUUGUCAGAGUAUUGGUCACCCUGAUGGGUUUAAUGAGGAUAAUAUUGUCUUCAAAGAUGCUGACAUUCCCAGCCUUUCGAAUGAACAAGCUUCUACUACUUCCCACAUAGUAGAAGAAAUUCCCAGUGCCUGUUCAAAGGAUGAAGUUAGACCAGUUAACUUUGCGCCAUUUGAUUCAGGAUUUCAUCACACUUUUCAGUGUGGAGUGGAUUCAUUUGAAAACAAAGCUUCUGAGAGUCUUUGUCACCAUGAGGGAUCUGAAGAGGGUGAAGAACCAUAUGAUGCAAAAGACAGACGUGUUGUCACUAGUAUAUCAGAUACUUCUGGUGUUGAAUCCCGUUGUGAUGAGAACAUGCCUGAAUUUGAGGGAUUAGGCAUUGAUCUUCCCUAUGAAGAGGAUAAUAUUGUUUUUAAUGAUGCUGACAUUCCCAGUCUUGCAAAAGAACGAGCUUUCGCCCUUGAACAGCUUCGUCAGUCAAGCAUUCUUCUCACCCAAAGGCCUAAAUCUUCCAUAAUGAACAUAAUGGAUAUGAUUUCAGAUGUUUCAAACUCUUCACCUCUUGGCAUACUUCAAAAAAUGGACUUGGAUUUCUCCUUAGAACAUAAUAAUCCGGUCAUAGAACAAUUUACUUCGACUUCCAGCAUUAAGCUGAUGGGCAUGUUUUGCAAUAAUGGAUCACAGUUGGAUGGUCCUGUUUUUGAAAGUUCUCAUUCUCUAUCCUCUUUAAGUGCUAUGUUUGGUUCAGAGUUGCAGAGUCUUCCUUUAACCCCUCCAGCUAUAAAAUUCAGCCAUGUUAGGCUGUCUGGGAAAAAGAGUUCUAGUUCAGUGAAAGUUAGUUCUAAUCCAGAGCUUGUAUGCUUCCGUAUUGAUGAAAAUUCCUCCACUACUGAAGAAAAUGCAGAUGUCGUUCAGGUUGGCUAUUCCACUCAACGACCUUCAAGAAAUAUUGAAGUAUUAACAAAUAGCAAACCUUUGUCUGAUGUGACGUCAUUGUAUCAAAAUGGCACAUGUUUACUUUCCAAUUCCAAGGAAUUUUUGGUGAGAGAUAGCCUGGAAUCUGUAAACUCAGAUGCUGCAUCUAGCCUUGGAUUUGAAUAUCCAGAGAGAGAGUAUAACUUGAAGAACAAAGAGAAUCAUAGGUACACAGAUGCGAUUAAAGAACUUGGGAAAUCUACCAAAACAGUGACUAAAAGGUCUGAACGGCCAAGGAUAUCAUGUAGAUACAGUGACAAAAUUAGGAAAAACCAAAACAUUUUAAAAGGAUGCAAACAAUCCAACAUUCUAUCCAACAUAUCUUCAUUUAUCCCUCAAAUUCAGCAGAAGCAGCGACAAGCUCUGCCAUUACAGAAGAAGAAAGACAUUAAAGUUAAGGCCCUGGAAGCUGCUGAAGCUGCCAAGCGCCUUGAAGAUCAGAUGAAACUUGAGCGUGAGAAAAGAAAGGCAGCUGUGAAACUGGAGCGGGAAAAAUUGAGGCAAGAAAAUACCAAACGACUGAAAUUCGAGCAAAAACAAAAAGCUGAAGAGGGGAGGAAGAAGGAAAACAUUGCAGCAAGGAAGAGACAUAGGGAGGCUGAAGAGAGAAAAGUGAAAGAUAGAAAAAGGCAAUGCAUUGGAGAAACAAGGACAUUACAAAGACAACAUAGAGACAAAUUGCAUUGUGGGAAAGCGAAGAAAGAUAAUCAACAAAAAACCAUAGAUGAGGAUCAGAAAGGGGGGAAACAAAGAAACAAUGGAGGCCAAAAGAAGUUGGAAAGUGUAGUAGAUGUUAUGGAAAGUCAAAUGGCCGUUGAAAUGCAACAAUGCACUAUUGAACUUGUAUCUGCUGAUACCAUACGGGGUGAUGAUAAGAUUAAAGUUCUAGUGGCCUCUGCUGAACGCACAUCCUUUGAAAAGGGAGUUGGCGGUUCAAAUUUUUUACAAGAAACAGUAGAAGAUACUGUCUGUGCUGCACACAUUUCUUUUGAAUUACAAUCAUAUGAGAUGUCUCCAUAUCAAACGUCUGAUGAAGAAGACAUGGAAGAAGAUAGCAGACAUAGAAAGUACAUUCCAAAGUGGGCAAGAGGAGAGAGCUUGGUUGAAAGCAUUGUCAGCAAUCAGCAGUUAGAUCCGAAGGAUAUCUUUAGCCGCAAACGGUCAUUCAAUAUUUCUCAAGAGAAGAAGAAAGACAUUAAAGUUAAGGCCCUGGAAGCUGCUGAAGCUGCCAAGCGCCUUGAAGAUCAGAUGAAACUUGAGCGUGAGAAAAGAAAGGCAGCUGUGAAACUGGAGCGGGAAAAAUUGAGGCAAGAAAAUACCAAACGACUGAAAUUCGAGCAAAAACAAAAAGCUGAAGAGGGGAGGAAGAAGGAAAACAUUGCAACAAGGAAGAGACAUAGGGAGGCAGAAGAGAGAAAAGUGAAAGAUAGAAAAAGGCAAUGCAUUGGAGAAACAAGGACAUUACAAAGACAACAUAGAGACAAAUUGCAUUGUGGGAAAGCGAAGAAAGAUAAUCAACAAAAAACCAUAGAUGAGGAACAGAAAGGGGGGAAACAAAGAAACAAUGGAGGCCAAAAGAAGUUGGAAAGUGCAGUAGAUGUUAUGGAAAGUCAAAUGGCCGUUGAAAUGCAACAAUGCACUAUUGAACUUGUAUCUGCUGAUACCAUACGGGGUGAUGAUAAGAUUAAAGUUCUAGUGGCCUCUGCUGAACGCACAUCCUUUGAAAAGGGAGUUGGCGGCUCAAUUUUUUUACGAGAAACAGUAGAAGAAACUGUUUGUGCUGCACAAAUUUCUUUUGAAUUGCAAUCAUAUGAGAUGUCUCCAUACCAAACGUCUGAUGAAGAAGACAUGAAAGAAGAUAGCAGACAUAGAAAGUACAUUCCAAAGUGGGCAAGAGGAGAGAGUUUGGCUAAAAGCAUUGUCAGCAAUCAGCAGUUAGAUCCGAAAGAUAUCUUUAGCCGCAAACGGUCAUUCAGUAUUCCUCAAGUUUUACCCACCUGAAUUGGUUGGCGCCAACUAUUGAAGUGAUCUGUAAUCCUUGACUUGAAUAUUCAAAUUGGACAUGGACUUAUGUUUUUGAUAACCAUGUAUAUCAAUCAUGACCCAAUGCAAUUUUUAGCUUGGCUCAAAAGACUUUUUUUUUGUUUUAUUCCCUUAAAACCAGUUUUUAAGGGAGUUCCGAGUUUAUUUUCCAUGCAUUGGGCUUUUGCUGUAUUAGAUUCUCUCAGCACUAGUAACGAAGGUAUUUAACCUGCUUCUAGAAUGACAUGGUUGUUAAUUGUCAUGUUACAGAUAAUUACCUGAUGGAUGGUUGCAUAUGUUAUAUUGGAUU